CGCAUGGCUCAACAAGUACACUGAGAGAAACGAGCAACUAAAAACUGUUGUUUUUGGAAAUCUUUAUAAAAAAAUAUUUAACGGACACGGCUGUAUACUUUAUAUGGUCAGAAUUGUCCUUCACUGCUUUGCAAACUUUUGACUGAAAUUCUAAUACCAUCUGCAAGGUUAUAAAAUGAUUUAUUUCAAGUGCUUGCAAAGUUGCGCCUUUGCGCAACGCCUGGACUGUAUAUAUAUGACAUUAAACUCUAGCUGACACACCAUUGUGAAGUGAAAAUAUCGGGAUAAACAUGAAGGUUCCCUUCCUUAUGAGAAAGUUUUUCAAUAGAACGAUUGGGGUCGUGGAGAAGUCGGAGACGGCGCAUCCUGUUGCCGAGGACUUCCUAGGGCUGGCCAUGAUUUACUUCCGUUCAAUGGGUGUGGAACCCUACGAAUCGGACAAGAAGCCCGGCCUUGGAUUUCAGCUGUACCUAGUAUUUCACAUAAUCAAUAUGAUCUUUGUUUGGGUCUCAAUGAUGGUGUUCGUGUUUGACUCCGUGUGCAACGAUACAAGCUCCGAUUUUCUAGAGGUUACCAUUGUAAUGAGCUACGUUACUUACGGUAACGUCGGCGUCUUGAAGAUCAUCGCAAUUCAAUUGCAGAAGGCCAAAUUGACGAACUUGGUGCGUCACCUGAAGUGUCUAUUGCCACCGCCCAUUGCGAAGGAGCAAGAGCUGUAUGGGGUGAAACACUAUCUACAACGCUGCAGGCUGAUCUCGAAACGUUUUAUAUGUCUUUUCACGACAAUGCUGGUUACCAACAGCGUUUCAGCCAUCGUCCAGUACGUCAUCCAAAGGUGGUUGCUCCACGUGCCAAAUGUUGAGCCCAACCUGCCCUACGUGCCCAUUGCGCCUUGGAGUUAUCGUGGAACCUGGCGAUUCCUCCCCACCUACUUGCUUCAGUCGAUCGCUGCCUACACAUGCACUUGCGGCUAUAUAGCCACCGAUCUCAUGUUGUUCGCCGUUUCACUGCAGGUCAUCAUGCAUUUUAAAACGUUGGCCAGGACCCUCAGGGAAUUCGAUGUUCAAAACAAUCGCAAUAAGAAGUUAGCUGAUAACGACCUGAGGAAGCUAAGAGGCCUGAUCGCGUGCCACAUCGAAAUAUUAGAGGUCACAAACGAGAUGAACGAUGUCUUUGGAGUGCCAUUGCUGUUGAACUUCCUUAACUCCACGCUACUCGUCUGCAACGUGGGAUUUCAGUUAACCAUUGGCAUAGGCCUGGAUUUUGUCGGCAGACAGGUUUUAAUCAUAAUUUGUGCUCUUGUGGAAAUCUACCUCAUCUGCUAUUUCAGCCAGCAGCUUAUCGAUGCGAGUAAUGAUAUCAGCUUUGCUGUCUAUGAAAUGAAUUGGAUGGAAGCCGACCCCCGAUUCCGGAAAAUGCUUAUGCUGAUGUCUAUGCGAGCCCAGAAGCCCGUCCGCUUUAAGGCCACCAUAUUCUUGGACAUCUCCAUUGAGACCAUGAGCAUUUUCCUGAAAGUGUCUUAUAGGUUCUUCGGCGCCAUUCGGAUGAUGUAUCAGUAAACGUUUAAUAAACUAGUAUAUUAUUAAAACAAAAGAGCAUGGGGGAAGGCUUUAGUCGCGUUCCCGGUAUAAUAUACCCGUUGCACAGCUAGAAAAAUUUCAAAAUAAAUAUUCCCCCACGAAAACAGUCGGGUCAUCACUGGCGCCAUCUGGCAAUCUGCAUUGACAACACUCCCCCGCUACAGCGACCCUAUCUUAUGCAGAGCAGCGGCAGAGCACACACGAACAGCAUGAAACCGCUGCCGGCAC